GCGGCCCAGCCGUUGGCGGCGAGCGCGUCUGCGCCUGCGCGUCUGGCCUCGCGCCCCUCCUCCCCCUGGGCGCCCCCGUCGGCGUGUGAAUGGCGGCUUCGGCGGCGGCGGCGGCGGCAGCAGCGGCCUCGGCCGCUUCGGGCAGCCCAGGCCCGGGCGAAGGCUCGACUGGCGGCGAGAAGCGCGUCGCCGCCUCGUCGGCUGCGGGCUCGGCCUCGGCCUCGGCCUCCGCGUCGUCGCCCGGGGCUGGCGGCGGCGAAGCGCUGGAGUUGCUCGAGCACUGCGGCGUGUGCCGGGAGCGUCUGCGGCCCGAGCGGGAGCCUCGCCUGCUGCCUUGCUUGCACUCGGCCUGCAGCGCCUGCCUCGGGCCCCCUGCGCCCGCAGCCUCCAACAGCUCCGGGGACGGUGGCACCGCCGGGGAGGGCGCGGUUACGGUUGAUUGCCCCGUGUGCAAGCAACAAUGCUUCUUGAAAGACAUCGUGGAGAACUACUUUAUGCGUGAUAGCGGUGGCAAGGCCGCUACCGACGCCCAGGAUGCCAAUCAGUGCUGCACCAGCUGUGAGGAUAAUGCGCCGGCCACUAGCUACUGCGUGGAAUGCUCCGAGCCACUAUGUGAGACGUGUGUGGAGGCACACCAGCGGGUGAAGUACACCAAGGACCACACUGUGCGCUCCACUGGACCCGCGAAGACGCGGGAUGGUGAGCGCACAGUGUACUGCAAUGUACACAAGCAUGAACCUCUUGUGCUGUUUUGCGAGAGCUGCGACACCCUCACCUGCCGGGACUGCCAGCUCAAUGCCCACAAGGACCACCAGUAUCAGUUCCUAGAGGAUGCGGUGAGGAACCAACGCAAACUGCUGGCCUCAUUGGUGAAGCGGCUUGGUGAUAAGCAUGCAACACUGCAGAAGAGCACCAAGGAGGUUCGCAGCUCGAUCCGUCAGGUGUCCGAUGUGCAGAAGCGUGUACAGGUAGACGUCAAGAUGGCCAUUCUGCAGAUCAUGAAGGAGCUAAACAAGCGGGGUCGUGUGCUGGUCAAUGAUGCCCAGAAGGUGACUGAGGGGCAGCAGGAGCGGCUAGAGCGGCAGCACUGGACCAUGACCAAGAUCCAGAAGCACCAGGAACACAUUCUGCGCUUCGCCUCAUGGGCCCUGGAGAGUGAUAACAACACAGCCCUGUUGCUCUCCAAGAAGUUGAUCUAUUUCCAGCUGCACCGGGCUCUCAAGAUGAUCGUGGACCCUGUGGAGCCACAAGGCGAGAUGAAGUUCCAGUGGGACCUCAAUGCCUGGACCAAGAGCGCUGAAGCCUUCGGCAAGAUUGUGGCAGAGCGCCCAGGUACCAACUCCACGGGCCCCACAACUAUGGCCCCACCGCGGGCCCCUGGCCCACUCAGCAAGCAGGGCUCUGCUAGCGGCCAGUCCAUGGAAGUGCAGGAAGGCUACGGCUUUGGGUCAGCAGAUGACCCCUACUCGAGUGCAGAGCCUCAUGUGUCUGGUGUGAAACGGUCCCGCUCUGGUGAGGGUGAGGUGAGCGGCCUCAUGCGUAAGGUGCCUCGCGUGAGCCUCGAACGCCUGGACCUGGAUCUCACAGCCGAUAGCCAGCCUCCCGUGUUCAAGGUGUUCCCGGGCAGCACCACAGAGGACUACAAUCUCAUUGUCAUUGAACGGGGUGGUGCUGCUGCGGCAGCCACUGGCCAGCCUGGGACUGCGCCCCCGGGGGCCCCUGGAGCCCCACCCCUGCCCAGCCUGGCUAUUGUCAAGGAGGAAGAGACAGAGGCGGCCAUUGGAGCCCCACCUGCAGCCACUGAAGGCCCGGAGACCAAGCCUGUGCUGAUGGCCCUGGCAGAGGGUUCUGGGGGGGAGGGACCCCGCCUGGCCUCACCCAGUGGCAGCACCAGUUCAGGCCUGGAAGUCGUGGCCCCUGAGGGUGCUUCAGCUCCAACUGGUGGUCCAGGCGCCCUGGACGACAGCGCCACUAUCUGUCGUGUCUGCCAGAAGCCGGGAGACCUGGUGAUGUGUAACCAGUGCGAAUUCUGCUUCCACCUUGAUUGCCAUCUGCCAGCUCUGCAGGAUGUUCCAGGGGAAGAGUGGAGCUGCUCGCUCUGCCAUGUGCUGCCCGACCUGAAGGAGGAGGAUGGGAGCCUCAAUCUGGAUGGGGCCGAUACCACUGGGGUGCUGGCCAAGCUUUCACCGGUCAACCAGCGGAAGUGUGAGCGUGUUCUACUGGCCCUGUUCUGCCAUGAGCCGUGCCGUCCUCUGCACCAGCUGGCCACAGAUUCCACCUUCUCUCUAGACCAGCCUGGUGGUACCCUGGACCUGACACUGAUCCGUGCUCGUCUCCAAGAGAAGCUGUCACCACCCUACAGCUCCCCGCAGGAGUUUGCCCAGGAUGUGGGCCGCAUGUUUAAACAGUUCAAUAAGCUGACAGAGGACAAGGCGGAUGUGCAGUCCAUCAUCGGCCUUCAGCGCUUUUUCGAGACGCGUAUGAAUGAAGCUUUUGGGGACACAAAGUUCUCAGCAGUGCUGGUUGAGCCCCCACCGCUGAGCCUGCCUGGUGCUGGCCUGGGGGCCCCGGAGCUGCCCGGAGGCCCCAGUGAUGGCCUCUGAGGUUGGCACCCCCAUGGCCAGCCUGGCCUGGCUCUGCUUUAUCCUGUUCCCUUCCUCUCCCCUGCCUCCUGGUGGCCUGGCUCCCACUCCCUGGUGGCCCUGCCCCCCCAGCCCUUCACAAUAUGGUUUUUACUUCUGUGGAUUUAAUAAAAACUUCACCAG